GCUGCGCGGCGCUCCGAGGCUAUGGCUGCGCGGCCCGUCAUUCUCGGUAUCGACCUGGGCACUACGUCUGUGAAGGCGGCCUUGGUGGAGGCCGUGCCCGGCGACCCAUCGGGGUUUGUGGUCCUGGCGAGCUGUGCCCGGGCUGCGCGGGCCGAGGCGGCGGCCCAGAGCGCGGCGGCAGGGCCCCAGGGGCAGGAGCAGGAUGUGAGCAGAAUCAUCCAAGCCCUAAAUGAGUGCCUUGCUGCGCUUCCUCGGCAGCUGCUCCAGGACGUCUGUGGCAUUGGAGUGUCAGGACAAAUGCAUGGAGUCAUGUUUUGGAAAACAGGCCAAGAGCAAGUGAUCAAGACAGAAGCUGCAGUGCCUUUUUAUGACCUGGGCUCCAAACCGGACAGGCCUAACUUCUGCUUCCCUUGGACCCCAGUUCUCAACAUCAGCACUUCAGUUCAGUUGGCAACCUCCAUGCCUUCAGGAUUCCAGCCGGCGCAGACUCCAGACCCUGCGGCUCCAGUCACCUACUUCCCGUACUUCGACAGGAUCUACCUGGCGGUGGCAGCGUCACUCAAUGGGGGCAACGUGCUGGCCACGUUUGUCCACAUGCUGGUCCAAUGGAUGGCGGAUCUAGGUCUAGAGGUCGAAGAAUCCACUGUGUAUUCAUGUAUGAUCCAGGCAGCUGCACAGCAAAGAGACACCUGCCUAACUAUCACUCCAACGGUGUUGGGCGAGAGGCACCUGCCGGACCAGCUGGCCUCAGUGACCAGAAUCUCCUCCUCUGAUCUCUCCCUGGGGCACGUGACCCGGGCCCUGUGCCGAGGCAUUGUUCAAAACUUGCACUCCAUGCUUCCAUUUCAACAGCUCAAGGAGUGGGGUGUGGAGCGGGUGAUCGGCAGUGGGAGUGCACUGUCCAGGAAUGACGUGCUGAAGCAGGAGGUGCAGAGGGCUUUUCCCUUCCCAGUGUCCUUUGGGCAGGAUGUGGACGCAGCUGUGGGGGCAGCUGUGGUCAUGCUCCAGAGAAAUCUUAACCAGAGGGAGUCUUAGUCAGUGCAUCCUUUGGCCAAAAGACUGUUGCAGAUUUUAUCUAACUAACAUUCCUGACAUGACCUUGGGGUCAUCCUUUUCCUGGACAGUUUUGUGGGCAGCUUUUAAGCAAAGCUUGUUUUCAGGGCACCAUCUUGACCAAGAACCUACCUUCAUCCUCUAAUAAUGCAGCCAGGACUCAUCAACUAGAUCCCAAAUCAGUGCUCUCCAAGAGACUCACUUGGGAAUUGGUCACAAAUGUAAAUGUGGAAAAAAGAGAGAGGGACAAAGAAAGAAAAGGAACAGUAGCCCAGCAUCAUGGUCAGCAGGCUCUUCUGUGAUUCACCUGUAGACAAAGAGAAAAUAAAUGUGACUUCAGACACCAAAAAGUCUCCAAGUAAGAAAAGAAGGCCCCCCACCCCCCACCCCCCUGCCGCUCCAGCUUUUGGGAUGAUUGUAUUUUGGGACAUGAAGCCCAGACUUGGCUCACAUGCACUGUUGGAAAAGUCCUUCCCUACUGGAUUGUAUCAUGUGUCCCUGCAGUCCCCCUCCCAUUCUUGUUCUCCCUUGGUCAUAGCUGGUUAGCUGAGGCAGGGUAUGGCCCAAGAUAGUAAAGCAGACUGGCUGAGAUGAAGAUGCAGGGGUCUCUGCUGGCCUUCUCACCAUGUGCUCCCCCUUCCAGGGAGAGCCUGCUGCACUGGAGCUGCUCCAGAUCCUUAACACAACUGGCUCGAAGGCACAUAGCAGGGAAGGAAAGGGGGCGUAGCAUGACCAGCGAGGGAGAUGGAUGCUGCGUGGCCCCACCAUUCAGGCAUAUUGUUCCCAAGAGUCUGACCAGGCACCAGUAGGACCCCUUUCCAGGGUGUGUCUGGGCAGCGGUGUGUUUUUGGCCCUGUACAUUCUUGGGAAUCUUUCCAACAGAGGGAUGUGGCUGGGCAUGCUCCUGUCAGAGAGGGUGGACAAUUUACCCAGAGAGAACCCCUUAUCCUGCGGCCCUAGCCUUUCUUUCUCUUGGUGUAGGCCUUGCUGGGCCACUAUGUGUCCUGGCCCGCAGAAACAUUCCCCUGGAGUCAGCAUCCCUGCAGGGAUCCCAGAGCAUCUUAAACCUUCCAGUAGUUGGUAGGCAUGAACAUGGAUGGCAUGGCUUCCAGGAGAAAGCCAUCAUUGCUGCAUCUAAUUCCAGACUCCCAAGAGUGAUCCCAAUGCUCAGGCAGGCCUGACUCUGAGGCACCUGGGCAACUAUGAGUCUGGGAAGCAGUCUUGUUGUCUCUUUGUAAAUGUCACUUUAUGAAUUAUGUGAUUGUCUGAAGCUCUUAGAUUAAUCUGCCUGGCCAUGCUGAUUGGAUUUUAGAUACUAAAGCUCAUUCUUCCAGAGACUUGUACCUUUAAUAAGACACACCUGUCUUCUUUGGGAUUGUUGUAAAUUAUGGCAUAGCUGCAGAGCUUGGUUUGGGAGGUUGGACAUAGCCCUGAGGAUCAUUUGUAGGUUGUACUAUAGAAAACCCCUGCCUGCCCGGCAGUUCUGCCAGGACAAGUGGCUGAAGAUCACUCAGGAAAGUCAUGUGAGUUUUCUCUCAGCUAGAAUGAGUCGACACCAUUAUUUUGGAGCCCCUGUGGCAGGCCUAUGAGAGAGAAGCCACCUUGGGAUAGACCAAAAGAUAACAGCCCUGUCCGUCAGGAGGAAUUGGUCCUCCGGCUUCGGGGAGGCAGCCUGUCUUGUGUCCUCAGAGUGCUGUGGAUGGAGUCCGUCAACGUAAGAUGAGAACCUGGAUGUAAGGCCAGGAAGCCCAGCCCAGUGCCCAGUGUGGUGCUGGAACUCCCUGUUCCCUUUCCACAUGUCCCCUCUACCUCUGAGGGCUGAGCCUCGUGCCGUCCAAGCUUGUCAGCUCAGAGCCCUGCUGCUGUAUUUAUUGCACGUGGCCUGGGCCUCUGCAGGGGGGUUGAACACAGCUCCCAGGGCCUCGUUUCUUCAGCCUGAAAUCACAAACCACUCACUGCUUUUGCUGUCAUUCCUGGAAGGUACCAGUAAGUGUUUGAUACCAGCACGAUCCUCAUAUGAGGAACUGGCCUUGAGGACUGCCUGCCCGUGUCCGGGUCUUACAGGCACACGGUAGGCUCGCACUUUCCCACCUGAUUGCUUUGGCCAGUGAAACGUGAGCAGAAGUGUGCCACUUGUUCUGUGCCUUCAGGCCAGUUGUGUGGGCCUUUAGGAGCCAGUGUGUGAUGUGUCACAUUGCCUUCCUUUUGCCACCAGUGACUGGUAGUGUCCCAGAGAAGGGCUCUGUCAGCUUGGGUUCCAUGUUAGGACAGUGUGGUGGAGAACCCUCACCAACGAAUGAGCAACGUGCAGUGUGACCAAGAAAUAAACCUUUGAUGUUUGAAACCGCUGA